AUUUACGGCUGUAAACCAAAGGUGACUCAAGUAUGUCACCGUAAGUCACAAUCCUUAUAGUAAAGCAUGGCAGUGGUAGCAUCAUGGUGUGGCUUUGUUGCAGGGAGGACUUGGAUACUACUCAUGGUAUGAUGAAUCGGGCCAAAAACAGAAAUGUUUUGAGAAUUCAGACUGGGUCGGAGCUUCAGAAUGGUCCUUAGAAUCUCUUGGAAUAAAGAUAAACCCCAGCUCUCUUUCUGCGUGUAUUCUUACAAAGUGUGUGAGAGAUUAGCUUUACAGUAGCAGACCACAUCCACAAUAGUAGAGUUGCUUUGCUUUAAUGAACCAAGCUUUGUAAGGUAUACCCCAAAAGGGGCUCAUCAACUCACGUCGAGUCCAACGUGACAUGUAAAAUCAUUUAUAUCGGGUUGUUUUAAUGCAAAACAACAGAGGAGUCAUUCAGUAAAUCUGCUUUUCCUUUACAACUGGACCAACUGAAACUAACCUGCAGGUUUUCGUCGGCUUCUGUUUUUCCUGUUGAAAAUAGUAUAUAUUGGGCCAAAACUAAUUGCAUCAUAAUCUUGGAAUGCUGUCAAACAAUCUGGCAUGCACAUUACAGAAUUACAAAUCAACUAGUUGCUCAUAAAAUGUUACAGAAAUGCAUUUUAGAAUGUGUUUAGUCAUGCAGGAUCAGGAAAUCACGAACAAAUAUGACAAGAGACCCUACUAUGCUGUAUUUGUCCCACUUUGAGAUAUCUCCCCAGAAGUCAUUUACAAUCAGCAUCAUAUCAGAUUGGUUAAGCAAUCAAUUGCAAUGCCUCUGUCAGCUGAGCUCAUUUUAUCAGUGCAUGCAAUAACCAUGUGAUUAUGGCAGAGGGUGGACAUUGAAACUUCUCUGCUAGGGACAACGUGUUCAUUUUAUUUUCCCAGCAAUUCGAAACGUAAAACUAUUCCAGCAUUCAGUUCUGUGUUGCCAGCUGUUACCUAAAUGGCUGGUAAGGAGGAACAACUGCAGGAGAAUCAAUACGGAGUCAAUCUAGACCGUGAGCAGUUCUGCUGCUCAGUUUGUCUGGAUCUGCUGAAGGAGCCCGUCACCAUCCACUGCGGACACAGUUACUGCAGAAGCUGCAUCGAGAACUGCUGGGAUGAGGAGGAUGAGAAGGGGGAAUACAGCUGCCCUCAGUGCAGGGAGACCUUCCAUCUGAGGCCUGUUCUGAAGAGAAACAACAUGCUGGCUGAGGUUGUAAAGAAGCUGAAGAUGAGAUAUCCCCAACAACUACCUCCUCCACUGACCCCUGACGCCCCGCUAGACAUUGCCUGUGACUUUUGCGGGCUCGGACAAAACAAAGCCAUAAAGUCUUGCUUGACAUGCUUGGCAUCUUACUGCGACAAACACGUUGAGCCUCACUACACUAUCCCCGUGUUGCAGAAGCAUGAACUGAUCUCAGCUACUAUCCCAAUAGGGAAAAAAGUGUGCGCCCUGCAUAGAAAGUUGAUGGAUCUCUACUGUCAGACGGACGAGGAGCUCAUCUGCACCGAGUGCACAGUCGACAAACAUAAACAUCACAAAUUUGUGUCAAUUUUGGAACUAGAGGAGACAACAAAGAAACGUCUGGAGACAGUUCGAAGGCAAGUGCAAAAGAAAGUGCAGCAAAGAGAAGAAGAGCUGGAGAUGCUCAUACAAGCUGAGAAGAAUGUUAAGGGCGGUGCUCAGACUGCAAAGACUGACUGUGCCAAGAUCUUCUCCGAGUUGAUUUCCUCCAUGCAGAACAGAUGCGGUAAAGUGGAGCAGCUGAUAGAAGCCCAGGAGAAAAGUGCCGUCGCUCAGGCCGGGGAGCUGAAGCAGCAGCUGGAGAAGGACCUCGCUGAGCUGAGGGGGAGGGACACCCAACUGUUGCAGCUUUCCUGUGCUGACGACAUUGUUUACCUGAUGCAGUUUCACUCCAUUUCGGAAACGUUUCAAGACUUUGAACCGGGCGCUGGUCCUCCACGCUCAUUCACAGAUGUGACUGCCUGUGUGAUUGAGCUAAAAGACAAAGCAGAAAUUUUGCUGAAGGAGACAUGGCCCAAGAUCUCAACUACAGUCUCUUAUGUGGAUUUCUCCCUACCACCACCACCCAACAGCAGAGAGGAGUUUUUAAGUUAUUGGCAUCCCCUUAACCUUGAUGACACAUCAAAUUACCCUAACCUGAACGUGAUGGACAACAACCGUAAAAUAAGGCCUUCACCUGUCCCAUAUUCUCCUCAUCCAAACAGAUUUAUCAGGUUCCCACAAGUGCUUUGCAAAGAGGCUUUAACGGAACGAUGUUACUGGGAGGUGGAGUGGCACGCUCGCACCCUGUCUGCGGCUGUAGUUUACAAAGACGCCGACCGAAAAUCGGAUGAGUCGGAGUUUGGGAAAAAUGACAAGUCUUGGACUUUAGAGUGCUCAGAAAAUACUCUGAAGUUUUGUCACAAUAAUGUUGAGAUGAAAUUACCUGGUUCUUGCUCCCAAAAGAUUGGAGUGUUCUUGGAUUACAAAGCAGGAAUUUUGAGUUUCUAUAAAGUCUCUGACCCAAUGCUUCUAAUCUUUGAAGUUCGGACCACAUUCACUCAGCCUCUUCUUCCUGGUAUUGGGCUGAACUAUGAAUGGUAUGAUACUGGAGUAUUUGCACAGCUGGCUAAAUUGAAUUAGUAAAGGGGUAGCAGGUGGGUGUGGCAGAAAUGAUUCUUUGUAAUGGAAAUCCUGAAUAAUAACUAAGCUCUGUUCUGAAUGAUUCCACAGGGAGAAUCCAAGGAAACAUUCUUUCACUUGGUUUAAUGUAUUUUGAAUCAACCAAUAUUCCCUCAAGAUUUUCCCCUUAAUUAUUUAAUUUUUUUCUUGCAAAAUAAACCUUCAAAAACUUCUCAAUGACUUUCUGACCAACUCACAAGAGAUGAAUCAGCCACUCUUCUGCAUUUGAAGUCACUGAAAAAUAUUUGCUAAAUCUCCCUUUUAUUCUUUUAUGUGGAAAUGUCACUUGGUCUAUGGUGCAAUGAACACAAUCACCAUCAGAGAAAUGUAUCUCCCAGAUGUUCUGGAAGUUGUUUUCUACUUUUAUUGGUUUAAACUGAAAUUGACAAGAAAAAGUCAAGUUUCUGAGCCUGUUCAACCAAUUUGAAAAUUAUCACAUAAUCUUUAAUGGUUUUUUGGUGAAACCUUUUUCGUUGAGAUAUACAGCUUUUUCUAUUAAUCCUACUGAACCUAUGACACAAUGGCAUAAUGACAGAAACCAUUAUUGACUGAAAUAUGCUGUUAAAAAUUAUUUUGGAGUUUAAUGUAUCUCAAGUUCCCACACUCGGUGUUUCAUGAAUCACAGUUGGGUUUUUCUUUUCUUUGGAUGUCUGGGCUAAAGCACCCAAAGCAAAAACAAUAAAUUAAAUUAAACCUUCUUGGCAAGA